AUGGAAGAAGAUGGAUGGUCAGAGGCUCAAGUUAACGUAGAGGAUGAAGAGGUCCGAACUUCAGAGGCUCACGUCCGAACUUCACAGGCUCAAGUUCUGAUCCUAAACCCUGAACUCCAUAGGCUCAAGGAGGCAGAGCCCUCCACCUUGCCUAGGCCAGUUCCGCAGCAUAGUUCUACUGUUGACCCGUCAACAUCUCAUCAGGCAUCUCCAUCAUGCAAUCCUCCGCUACCGGGAUCUCAAGAUCAACAAUCUGCUGCAGCACCAGCAGAAGUUGCAGAAGCGGCAAAACCACCAGUCUUCAGUUCAUCGCCUUCCAUAGCUACCAACUCAAAAUCUGAAGACAACCCAUUAUCACAGUUGGUCGAUGCCAUAUGCUUCAUGUUAAAGAGUGUGCUGUUGAAAUUGGCAAGGCUGGAUGACGAAGAUGGGGUGACAGGAGCAGAGAAUGCCUUUCAUAGACACUUUCCUCACAAUAUAUCUGAGGAUAAACCUGAGUCAUUGCCAGCUAGAAGAGGCUUAUUUUUCAUCAGGAGAUGUUUUGGCUACUCCUACACAUGA